AAGGAAUGGACUGUUGAGUGGAACCUUUCGUCCUAUCGCUUCUUAUAACAGGGGGAUUGAAGCCGAAGGCAGUUAAUCAAAAUGCCUGAGGAGAUGGCGGACGGUGGGAGGAAGCUUGUAACGCUCGACGACCUCAUCGAUGCCCUGGAUAAGCGCGAGAGAGCGCCGAGCAAUGUCCCGAAGGUUGAUACUUUCCACUUCAAGGGAGAACGCGUGUCCGACUGGCUGGACCUGACGGAGCAAGCACUGGUGGGGCUGUCAGAUGAUGUUAAGCUCCAGCGAGUCCUAAGAUAUGUCCUUCAUAGCCACCAUCAGGAAGUGGGCAAGGUCGUGGAUGCCGCCAAUGGUAGUUGGGCGAGGUUCAGGGACAUGAUGCAAAGAAAGUACAGGUUGGGGGAUGGCUUGCUAACCAUGGCGGAUUUGGAGGCCAUGAACAAGGAUGACUUCUCCACGAUUCGGACGUUUGUGCACGAGUUUAAAAGGAAGGCGCGGAAGGUGCACGAGAUCUCCGAAGAAACGCAAUGUGUCAUAUUUUUGGGUCUGCUUACUGGCUCAGAGGCCUCGGAGCUGACAGGUCACGGAGGGGGAAAUGAGAAACUUACCUGGGCCACUAUCGAAAAAGGGGUGGAAGAGGGGAGCCUGGACCAGGUGGAGCAGCACCAGGUGCGGCUGCAAAGGCGCAAGAGAAAGGAAAGGGACGCCACCGCGUCCGGGACCCUAGGGGUGAAGAGGAUCGUCACGGACGUAUUGGCAGCGCUGGGGUAUAAUAAUGAGGCGGAAGUGCGAAAGAGGGGAGUGACCGUGGCCCAAGGUCGGGCGUCAGGGGCAGUGGAAGAGGAGGCUAGGCGCGAGGACUAUGGCGGAGAAGAGAUGGGCUCCCAGAUCCUAACCAAGGCCCAGAGGAAGCAGUGGAAUUUACAAGUGGGGGGUCAAGGAUCCGGAAAAGGGCAGGUCCCGCAAGCGAUUGCUGCGCCGCCAUCUGCUGCCACGACAACAUCAGCAACGGUCGGGCCGUCAUGCCACACUGUGCGGUUCUGCGAGCGGCGGCGGGAGGAUGAAUUGUCAGGGUUAAUCUCCUCCUAUAUGGACGGGGAUAUAUAUGACAAGUGGGGUGAGCAUAUCGACCCCAGGACCCCGGGAGGAAUCAGGCAAGAUGCUCUCCGACGAGCAGCAGCGGGACCCACAGCACCCCCGACAAUGUUUAGGAUGUGGGAGGAGAGGGAAGAGCCGACCGUAAGAGUCGAGGAGAUUGUAGGGGAUAGUGAGGGGGUCACUCAGCGACUAAAGGCGGGGACUAUAAGGGAGGAGCCAAUAAUCGCCGAAUCGAAUGACGAGGGGCAGGAAGGCGAAGGAGAGUCGGCCAUAGUCCUCCUGGGGAGAAUGGAAGAUCUGCUGAAAAAGGUGGGGAGCCAAGAGCCCAGUCAGGCACCCCCUCGAAAGGAGCCGAAGCCAAGACGUAGGAAAGAGGUGGUGGAGGUCCCGGAGGAAGAGGAAGAGGAUGACGACGAAGACGAUGAGAGGCUCCGACAAGAGGAGGAUCAGCGGGCGGAGCUGAGGGCCAAAAAGAGAGGAGCCCGAGAGGAGGCCGAGCCGAGCCUACCCGACAGCGUACCUAAGAGGAAGAAGUACGAGGUCCGGAUGGAGGAAGGUUUUGAUGUGGAGCGGAUGGUGGACAAGCUCCUGGAAGGCCACAAUGACCUGAUGAACCUGAAGGACAUCCCGGCGUCGGCACCAAGGCUCCGUGGUGAGUUGAAAGGGCGACUCUCGCGAAGGUUGGUGCCAAAUGUCCAUCUGAGUACGGUGGAUCUGGUGAUAAAGAACCAAAAGUGCACUGGGAUGGUGGACACGGGCGCAAAAAUGAAUAUCAUCAGGGAGAAGGAGGCGGUGAUGAUAGGCAUGGAAAUCGACCGCUCGGACCAUGGCAUGCUGCAUGGCGCCAACUGCAAGGCCGCUUUUUGCGGCACGACGUCUAAUGUGAUUAUAGAGAUUGGGAAGGUGCGAGCCAGGACGUGCUUCUUCGUCAUGCCCGAUGUCGAUCAUCCCAUCCUUCUGGGAAGGUCGUUCCUAUGUCGAACAAAGAUGUUGAUUUUUAAUAAGCCCGACGGGACAAUGAUCCUGCUCCUAUGUGACCCAGCGUGUGGGAAUUAUGAAGUUAUCACCUGCCGGAACAUGUGGCCGGGGAGCGGGAGGAAUAGGUCUAAUCUCGGCUCAUUCACCUUCGAGGAAUCGGAAAAUGAGCGAAGACGGCUUUGGGAAGUGCACGAGGAGGAGGAUAAGGCUGAGGUGCUGACACUGAGCCUCACAGAUGUGAAUAAGGCCAUGGAGGUGGUGUCGGCUCAUGACAUGGCGGAUCCGGAGGCCAUUAAGGCAUUGAGGGAGCAGGUUUUGGAGAACCCUCAAGUGGGAGAGGUGGAGUUGGUGUAUCGGCUUCCAGGAGGGGGAGGAGGCCCUGCAAUGGCCCAGGCCCGAACAACAAGCCGGCCUUUUUUUAGGGGAGGGCUUAAGCAGGGCUCCCAAAGGCGGUACAAGAUCGUAGAUAAGAAGUGUCGCCCAGUUCCCGUGCUCAUUACGGAGGAUGAGGAAGCCUACUACGAGCGGGAACGAGAAUUGAUACGGCGUAUGCGGGAGCACGCAUUGGCCGGGCCGUGCCGUAUCGACGACAAGAAUGAGGGGAAGUUGAUAAUUGGGGAGCCCGACUUCUUGUCGCCCCAGGAAAGAUCAUUGAUGGUGGGGCUGAUGAAGAAAAGACACCGCGCGUAUGAGUUCAAUGACGACGAGCGUGGGAGGCUGGAUGUGGACAAGAUUCCGAUGAUACGAAUCCACACCGUUCCACACGAGCCAUGGAAUCUAAGGGGCGCGCGAUACCCAAAUCCGGAUGAGGAGAAGAAGGUGGUGGACUACCUGGACGGCAAGAUGCGGACGCAUGUGGCCGACUAUUCUAGUGGACCGUACGCGUCGCCUUGGUUUUGUUUUAUUAAACCAAAUGGGACGCUAAGGUGGGUGCAGGACUUGCAACGGCUAAAUGCGGUGACAGUGCGGGAUGCAGGGCGGUUGCCGAAUGCGGACGCACUGUCAGAGUCGUGCGCAGGGAGGCCUAUAAUCUCGCUUAUAGACCUCUACUCUGGGUACGACCAAUUCUCGGUAUACCCGUCAGACAGGCCCGUAACGGCGAUGCACACACCCAGAGGGUUGAUUCACAUGAACGUGGCGCCUCAAGGCUGGACGAGUGCAGUAGCGAUGGUGCAGAGGCAUAUGAUCAGAGUCAUGCAGACGGUCAGCCCACAUAUCACUCAGCCCUAUAUCGAUGACCUGGUGGUCAAAGGUCCGAAGGAGAAAGAGGAAGAUGAAGUGAUGCCCGGUGUGCGGCGUUUUGUCUGGAAGCAUGUCCAAGACAUCGAUCAGGUUCUGGGGUUAUUGGAGGAACGUAACCUGACAGCAAGCGUCCCCAAGUCGAAACAUUGUAGGAGGGAGGCCACGAUUCUAGGUUUUGUCUGUAACGAGAGUGGGAGAAGGUCUGACGUAAAGAAAACAGACAAGAUUCUUGAAUGGUCGGUGCCCUUCCGCUUGAUAACAGAUGUGAGGAGCUUCCUUGGGACGUGCGGAUUUUGGAGGAGCUUCGUGAAGGACUUCGCCACAAAGAUGGAGCAUUUAAGGAAGUUGGUCGGGAACCCCAAGAGGAUCGUAUGUGGGAGGAACCGGCAAAUUGAUAUCAUAGCAGCCCUACACGAUGAUAUAGCAGGGGGGCACAGAGGAGUAGGUGCCACAUGCGCGAAGAUAAGCGAGCUCUACCAUUGGGACGGGAUGCUGACGAUGGUUAUCAAAUACUGUCAGUCCUGUAUACCUUGCCAAGAGAGGUCAGCGCAAAGGCCUAGAGAGCCCCUACAUCCAAGGUUGGAAAGGGAAGUGGGUGCGGUCGUACACUUGGACCUAUUAUUCAUGCCAGCAAGGGAGAAUGGGUGUAACCACAUCUUCGAUGCACGGGAUAACCUUACUGGGUUUGUGGACGAACGAUCUAUCCGGACGAAGACUGGCCCGGUUUUGGCAAACUGCAUCGAGGAGUAUUACCUGCGAUAUCCUUUUGUCAAGGAGUUCGUGAUGGAUCGAGGAUCAGAGUUUACCUGCAAUGAGGUGAGGGCGUUGCUUGCAGGGUAUGGCGUAGUGACCAACUAUACUACGGCCGCGCACCCUCAAGCGAACGCUCCUGUGGAGAGAGGGCACAGUACCAUCAUGAAUCUCCUGGCUAAGUGGACAGAGGGCAAGCCUGGCCAAUGGCCAAAGUUCCUACGGGCAGCUUUCUUCGUGGAGAAUGUUGCUGUAAAGAGGACUACCAAGUACGCGCCAGCCACACUAUGGUAUGGGAGGCAUGCCACCUUUCCCAUAGAAAGCUUUAUGAAAACUUGGAGGCGCCAGGACUUGGAGGUGAACCUGUCCUUCGAAGAACUGCUCGAUAUUCGGGCGCGGCGAGUGGGGGCGGCCGAAGAAAAAUUGCGAGAGGCCGCUGACCAGGUAGAAAGGAGCCGCAUGGAAGAUAAGAUGAGGUGGGACCAGAUGGCGCGAGUAAGGAAGGAGCCGUUGGCAGUGGGGGACGUCGUGUUACUAUACGACUCCUCUCUGGAGAAGCAAUGGUCGAGGAAGCUCGACAAGAGAUGGAUGGGCCCCUAUACAAUUUUGCGAUGUGCACGCAUGGAUGAGGAGGUGCCGACCUCCGGGGAGACUCCGCCAGGGCCGCCAGCCAUAGGGGAGGGGACGAAUGAGAGAGACCUACUGCGAGAGGCCCAGGAGACGCGGGUAAGGAGGCCAUCAGGGGAGACGAAAGAAGAGAAGCGCGCGAGGGUGCAGGUACGCCUCGAGGAGUUUUACCAGGAGAAGAUUAGGAUGGAGGCCGCAGGAGAAGCGUCAAAGCCACCGAUUGACCCUCCGACGAGCGAACAGAGGAUUAGCGAGGCCUGGGCCAGCUAUGAGGGUGAGAGGGAUGCUGCUCGCCUAAGGUCACGAGAGGUGGGACUGGAGAAUGCGAGGGUGGACGAGGCACGAGAGACAGAGGACUUGGGGUUUUCAGCUGCCAGGAUGGAGAUUGAGCGUACAGACAGGAGGAUAGGUGAGGUGGCGAUCUCGUCCUUCCAGCGGUACUCCAUGCUCAGUGAUGAGUUGGCGGUCUCGAGGUUAGAAGUGGGACAGUUGUCCACCCAGUUGGCGGAAGAGAGGGCGAAGAACCAAGCGUGGAGGUCCCGCAUGGAAGCCAAGGAGGGGGAGUGGGAGAGGAGGCUCCAGGACAUGGUGGCUAUGGUAGAGAGGCUCUCGACCACUAAGGUGGUCGACUGGACGGAGCAGAGCCGGUAUGGUAUCCAGGGGAAGGAGGUACAGGGGCUCCUUGGCUUGGAAGGAAUGACAGAGACGCCACAACAAGAGGGAAUGGGAAAGGUAUUCCAGGACCCAACAGAGGCGGCGGCAAGGCGGGAGGCCGAAGAGAGGAGGUUCAGCUUCAGGACUCCCACGGAGUUGACCUCACAACAGGCCACCGCUAUGACGAUUGAGGUUCCUGGGGACGAGCCGGCGCAGAGACCCCAACCUCCGGUGGCGGAGGGGGGCCCCACAAAGGAGUCCCCUACGAUCCUUUUGGAGGUGCAGGAGGGUGCCCUUACGGGAGCUGUAGCAUCCACUGAGCCGGAGGUAAUGGGGGGAGAGGCGUCUCGACUGGACGAGUUGGUGGCAGCUAUGGAACUGGACAUGCCGUCAGGAGGGCCUCAGAGGCAGGAGACCCCGGAGCGCAUGCCAGAGAUAGGGGAGUUGAGGACGCAGUUAGGCUCUUGGGAUACUGGAGAUGACUCAGGAGAGCACAUCUCAGAGCAGCAACAGGAAGUUAUGAGCGAGUCAGCGACUAGCUGCGCUGGUGAGAGCUCCGCUGUCGGCAACGUGACGGGAGAGCCAGACGCGGCUGGUGCAAAGAGAGCAAAGAGAAGGCCGGAUCCCGACGGGAUCCGGUGCCAGAUGCAUGGGGAGGGCCACAGGAGUGAUAGGGGCGAGGUGGCUGAACUGGGAUGGGGUAACGAGCCAGUACCGCAUCGGUUCAGACUGAUGUCGACGGGACAAGACACCGGGGCACUGCCACAACGCAGUGCCAGAAUCGCAGUUCGUGCCCGCUCUGCAGUACCUCCAAGACCGAAGAAACUCAGCAGGAGGACGACUCCAGCAGCAUCAAGUACGGCAUUGACGGUACAAGACGCCACUGGAGAUCAUCCCGCAUACCCAGUCCGAGGAGCCAAUGAGCCCGCGGCUGAUUAUCGUGGGCGGCUACUGGCAUUUUCAGAAGCCGUAGCUGCCGUCGAGGCCCGGAAGGAGACAGCAGAGGCAGAACGUCAGCGGCUAGCCAAUGAACCGGCAGUCGAGGCUCAGCGAACGACUGAGACUGACGCAGCGACACGAGACAGACGGAAUGCCAGCAACACGGAGUCCUUGAUUGCUUGUGARCAUCAGUGGACGACGAUACUCCAAGACAUGAUCUUUGUGCCUACAGAAGCGCAGGCAGAUCCGACACUGACGGAGGCAGAGGGAAGUAACCUGGCUAACUUGCUGUUGGGCAUGAUGAGAGGUAUUAUGUGGAAUAAUACACUGCUGCAGUCACAUUUGCGCACGGACGCGACGCAGCGACAAACAUACAAGAAUGAUAUCACUACGUUAACAACUGCUAUCCGCACAGAGGCAAUACAGCAGCAACAACAGCAUCAACUAUUGAAUUCCACUGUCACACGCGUCAACAGCAUAGAGGCUAACGCCUUAGCAGCGCCAGGCUGCACGACAGACGUGACGAAGCAACUCAACGAGCGCAUCGAUCACGUCGUCACCAUCAUCGGCRACAUAAGUACUUUCAACGGACCAGACUCGAUCAGCAGCACGGUGGCCGCCAUCAAGACGGACAUCACCAAGCUACAGACGAGACCGGAAGCCGCUACAAAGACGUUCAAGAUGCCGCACUUCGACAUCAGGAAGUUCGACAAUUACAACAAGUCGGACGCCUUGCCAUGGUGGCAACGCUUCCUCACAGAAGCAUCAUGCCGCAUGGUCCCAGCGGACGACAUGUUGAAGGCACUAUAUCUGCAGCUGAUUGGAGGAGCGCAGGGAUGGAUGAAGCACCUAUCGGCUACACACAAGUGCACUAUCGCCGAAAUCCACACGCACAUUACGUGGAAGGAGUUCGAGCAGCUAUGGUUCACCCGGUUCAUGGUCCGCAACGUCGUGAAGGCGGCCAUGAAUGAGGUGUACACAUGCUCUCAAGGGAACAUGCCAACUCGAGACUGGACAACGAAGUGGCAAAAGAUACCGGUGUCUUUUGACAUCCUCGACACCAAGUUCGACAUGAUUCUAGGCAUGUCUUGGUUGCGUAGCGCCGAUCAUCCGGUGAACUUCCAUGACCGAACCGUUCACACCCGUGAUCGGAAUGGAGUGUUAGUCCCAUGUACGGUCGCGACCCCUCACACUUCGAUUGCUUGUCACGUGGUUUCYGUUGCGAGAAUUCGCGAYGCCAUUGCUCGGAAUGACGUCGAGGAGAUGGGCCUUGUAUUCUUGCAUGCUCUCCCCUCGCCGAACGGACCAGCCGCGUCACCGCCGGACCCACGCAUUUCUCACCUCUUGGACGAGUAUAGAGACGUUCUCGAGGCUCCCACCGGAACGGUUCCGGAUCGGCCCAUACGUCACGGGAUCACUCUCGAGGCAGGCGCCGUCCCUCCGCGUGGAUGUAUCUACCGCAUGAGCGAAGAGGAACUCGAAGUGCUUCGCGCACAACUCGAUGACCUUCUCGACAAGGGCUGGAUUCGCCCUAGUUGCUCGCCAUACGGUGCACCUGUUAUCCUCGUCCGGAAGAAGAACAAAGAUCCACGGUUAUGCAUCGACUAUCGGAAACUUAACGCACAAACUGUAAAGAACGCCGGCCCUCUCCCUCGGAUUGAUGAUCUCCUUGAGCGGUUAGGCGGCGCGACGUACUUCUCGAAGUUGGAUCUGAAUUCAGGUUACCACCAGAUUGAAAUCCAGCCUCAAGACCGGUACAAGACCGCGUUCAAGACGCGGUAUGGGCAUUUUGAGUGGGUUGUCAUGCCAUUUGGCCUCACCAAUGCCCCCGCAACGUUUCAAGCAGCGAUGACGAAUGAGUUUCGCGACUUGCUCGAUCGCAGCGUCCUCAUCUACCUUGAUGAUAUCUUGGUUUAUAGUAGGACGUUGGACGAGCACAUCCUACACCUUCGCGUUGUUUUGAAUCGUUUGCGACUAGCCAAGUACAAAGCGAAUCUCGACAAGUGCGAAUUCGCCAGGCAAGAGCUUGAGUACUUGGGCCAUUUUGUCACGAUGAAAGGCAUUCGUCCCUUAGCGGACAAGAUCCAAGCCAUCGUGGAUUGGCCGGAACCCCGUUGCACGACGGAUGCACGCUCUUUCAUGGGUUUGGCUGGAUAUUAUCAGCGAUUCGUCGAGUCAUACUCGAAAGUGGCCGCUCCUUURUCGAGACUUCAGUCCCCGAAGGUGCCCUUCGAGUUCGACGACGCAGCCCGUGGCGCGUUCACUACGUUGAAGGCAGCGAUGCAAGCCGCACGUGCCCUCCGUAUAUAUGACCUCACCCUACCCACCCAAGUGACUACGGACGCUUCGGGAUACGGUAUUGGUGCGGUGUUGGAACAGUGUCACGAGGACGGUUGGCAUCCGGUUGAGUACUUUUCCCAGAAGGUGCCUCUCGUCAACACUCUUGAUGACGCUAGGAAGAAAGAGCUACUCGCUCUGUUGCCCCACGGGGAGAUUGUGCAAGCAGUCAAAUGGUUGAUAGAGUAUCAUGAGGGAAAGGGGAGGAGUUUUGUCCGAGUUAAUACCCGAGGACGUGGAGCAACCUUCGGCAAGACAACGGGAUCUGACCACUGGAGGAAAUUGGAAUUUGACGACAUCUUCCGUUUCGUUGAAUUCGAACUCUCACAUACGUACACGACGGCUCUGAACAUUCUGGUAAAACAAGAGGUGGGUAUCCCAAUGGGAAAAAGCACGAGACCACCUCUUGCCUGUAUCAUGUGUGCAAAAGCUGAGUUCGAUUUCUUGCAGCAUUUGGGAGAAAGACGUAGGAAUGUCUACGGGAUUCGGCUGAUUGAUGACGUGGGCGUGCUUGUGUUUGGAAAUGGAAGUACGAUGCGAAAGGAGAUCUUGGAUGCUUUUGAGCACACGCAUCCCUCUAAUCUGACUUUAAAACGGACAGAUAACGGGGGAAACGUGUGGGAUUUUCUGGGAUGUGAGGUCCGAGUAAACGAUCAAUAUCCAUAUGUUGAGUGCGUACAGUUGUUGAAGAACGAGGCUACCAUAUGGAAAUUGGAGUCACUUGAAUUUCAGAACGGACAGUCAUUUAGCUGAUGGGGGAGUAAAAGCCAGAAAAGUGUUGUGAUAAACAGUUAUUUGCAUC